CAUGUGACCCACACAAUGGCUGAUUGCCUAGUCCGGGCCUCCCGGCAACGGCGAGCCAAAGUCAUGACCACCGCCGCGGGUUCGGCGGGCGGCGCCGCGGUGUCCCUGCUGCUGUGCGCGCUGCUGGCGCCCGGCGGUGGCGGCGCGUACGUGCUCGACGACUCCGACGGGCUGGGCCGGGAGUUCGACGGCAUCGGCGCGGUCAGCGGCGGCGGGGCAACCUCCCGACUUCUAGUAAAUUACCCAGAGCCCUAUCGUUCUGAAAUACUGGAUUAUCUCUUUAAGCCAGACUUCGGUGCCUCUUUGCAUAUUUUGAAAGUUGAAAUAGGUGGUGAUGGGCAAACAACAGAUGGUACAGAACCCUCUCAUAUGCACUAUGCCCUAGAUGAGAAUUAUUUUCGAGGCUAUGAAUGGUGGUUAAUGAAGGAAGCUAAGAAGAGGAACCGUGAUAUUAUACUUAUGGGGUUGCCAUGGUCAUUCCCUGGAUGGCUGGGCAGAGGUUUCACCUGGCCUUAUGUCAAUCUUCAGCUGACUGCCUACUAUAUUGUGAGCUGGAUUGUGGGCGCCAAGCAUUAUCAUGAUUUGGACAUUGAUUAUAUUGGAAUUUGGAAUGAAAGGACAUUUGACGUCAAUUAUAUCAAGGUGUUAAGAAAGGUGAUGGACUCUCAAGGUCUCCAGCGGGUGAAAAUCAUAGCGAGUGAUAAUCUUUGGGAGCCUAUUUCUUCUUCCAUGCUGCUUGACCCUGAGCUCUUCAAGGUGAUUGAUGUUAUAGGGGCUCACUAUCCUGGAACCCAUUCAGUCUGGAAUGCGAAGUUGACUGGGAAGAAACUUUGGUCUUCUGAAGACUUUAGCACUUUAAACAAUGACAUAGGAGCAGGAUGCUGGGGCCGCAUACUAAAUCAGAAUUACAUCAAUGGCAACAUGACUUCCACAAUUGCCUGGAAUUUGGUGGCUAGUUACUAUGAAGAACUACCUUACGGGCGGUGUGGACUGAUGACUGCCCAGGAGCCAUGGAGUGGGCACUAUGUAGUAGAAUCGCCUAUAUGGGUUUCAGCUCAUACAACUCAGUUUACUCGACCAGGUUGGUAUUAUCUGAAGACAGUUGGCCAUCUACAGAAAGGGGGAAGCUAUGUAGCUCUGACUGAUGGCUUAGGUAACCUCACCAUCAUCGUUGAAACUAUGACUCAUAAACAUUCUAUGUGUAUAAGGCCCUUUCUACCUUAUUACAAUGUUUCAAAGCAGUUGGCCACCUUUGAUCUUCAAGGAUCUUUUAGUGGACUACCAGAGCUGCAGGUGUGGUACACCAAACUUGGAAGCUCCUCGGAGAAAGUUCUUUUUAAGCAACUGGAUUCCCUAUGGGUCCUUGACAGUGGUGGCCGCUUCACCCUGGAGCUGCAUGAGGAUGAGCUAUUCACACUCACCACUCUCACCACAGGUCGUAAAGGCAGCUACCCACUUCCUCCCACAUCCAAGCCCUUCCCACCCAUCUAUAAGGAUGAUUUCAAUAUGGAUUACCCAUUUUUUAGUGAAGCUCCAAAUUUUGCUGACCAGACUGGUGUGUUCGAGUACUACCUGAACAGCGAAGACCCCAGCGAGCACCGCUUCACCCUCCGCCAGGUUCUCAACCAGCGGCCCAUCACCUGGGCAGCUGAUGCUUCCAGCACGAUCAGCAUCAUAGGAGAUCACCAAUGGACCAAUCUGACUGUCCAAUGCGAUGUUUACAUAGAGACCCCUGAGAGAGGAGGAGUGUUCAUUGCAGGAAGAGUGGAUAAAGGUGGCAUUUUGGUUAGAAUGGCAUCAGGAGUUUUCUUCUGGGUUUUUGCAAAUGGAUCUUACAAAGUCACAGCGGAUAUAGGUGGAUGGAUCAUAUAUACUUCUGGCCAUGUUGAAAUUAUAGCAAAAAAGUGGUAUACCCUCACACUACUAAUUAAGGAUUCUUUGGCCUCUGGCCUGUUGGAUGGCAAGAUACUAUGGAAGAAUGUUUCUGUGAAAUAUCCGAAGAAUGGCUGGGCAGCUAUAGGAACUCAUUCCUUUGAAUUUGCACAGUUUGACAACUUUCGUGUGGAAGCCACACGCUAAUAUUCACAGAGCAUCAAGAACAGUUUGGAUUUUUUCAUUUUCAUUUUGCUUCAAAACCAAUCUUUGUUUUGAUGGACAAUAUUUUUGAGGCUAAAAAAAUGAAGAGUAAAUGGAGAUAAAGUUUUGCUUGAUCCUGUGAAAGAUUUUAUUUGAACUAAAUCCAAAGGGAAUGGAGGUAGAUCAUUAGCAUUGGCUGGCGUGUCCCUUAAAAUUCAGACCAUCCAUCAGUCCUGGUUUGGGUGGUUGUGACUUCAUGAUCUUGCUGCUAAAACUAAGGAAGCUCUCUUUGUCCUCUCUGCAAGUGAUCAAGCAGAUGACCAUAGUUUGAUGAUCACAGAGGCGUUUUUGUGAGUGCUAACACAUCUAAGUGUGAUGCCAUUGUCCUAGAUGAUUGUGUGCCUGACACAUCUGAGUGUGAUGCGUUGUCCUAGACGAUUGUGUGUCUGAAGAGGAAGCUGAAUGACUCUUCAUUGCUUUCCUCUGUAUGCUAACACAUCCCUCCUUCACCGUCCUCUCUCCCUCUGUUCUCUUUGCUUUUGAUUUGUGUGAUACGAGUGGACGAUUUGAAAAUACAACAUUAAUAAACUAAAUCUACAGCUAUUUUUAUAGUAAUAAACAUUAAAUUAACUGGG